AUGGCCCAGUCACUGCCGACAUUCCCUUCGUUCGACGUGCACAGUGACCCUUCAUCAAUAGCUCAACGAUGGACUAAAUAUGUCCGACGUUUCCAAAAUCUUCUAGUUGCUAUGGAUAUCGCAGAUAAAAAGCGCCAAAGAGCCCUGUUAAUCCAUUACGGCGGCGAAGAAGUCAGUGAUAUACUGGAUACGUUACCGGACACAGGUGAGGACCUAGAAGGAGCUCUAGAGAAACUGAAUCCUCACUUCAACCCCAGACGAAACAUUGACUAUGAAACAUACGUAUUUCGCAGCACUAAGCAAAACGUAGGCGAAACAAUGGAGACGUACUCUACACGUCUGCGCCAGUUAGCCCUUACAUGCGAAUUUUCGGAUCAAGACAGAGAAAUCAAAGGCCAGCUAAUACAGGGAUGUAGCUCCAACAGAAUUCGGCGACGCAUUCUGCGUCCAGACCUCAAAUUGAUGGACAUAUUAAAUUUAGCUAGAGCUAUGGAACAGUCCGAACGCCAGGCGAAGACAAUUGAACAGCCCAAUCAGCCUAUCCCAGAGACUGUAAAUACUGUAUUAAACAAGUCUCAGCAAAACAGAACAACAACCGCCGCCCGCAAAUCCAUUCGUAAAAAUGCGAAACCAUCCAGCAACAAGCCUCACAGUAAAUACUGUAGAUAUUGUGGCUAUGCAUAUCCCCACCCAGAAGGAAAAACCUGUCCAGCUAAGGGAAAGGCGUGUGGAUUUUGUCAUAAAUUUAAUCACUUUGAAUCCGUUUGCCGACAGAAAAAACGUCAACAGCAUGACACUGGCAAAUUUGAAUCUGUCAAGCAAGUCAGAAGCGCUGCACACCUUGCUGAUUCCAGUUCAGAUGAUGAAUAUGUAUUCGGCGUGUACAGUCACAGUGAUGGAAUUUUCUACAAAACAACCAAUAGUAACUGUCGCUGUCAACGAAAAAACACUCCAAGCUGUAAUCGAUACAGGUGCUACUGCAAACAUGUUGAGUGA